AUGCGCCCAGAGCCCGGGGGUUGCUGCUGCCGCCGCCCUGCGCUGCCGAACGGCUGCGUCGCGAACGGGGAGCUGCGGAACGGGUAUGUGAGGAGCAGCCCGGCAGCCGCCGCCGCCGCCUCUGCCGCCGCCAGCAGCCAGAUUCAUCAUGUUACUCAAAAUGGUGGACUGUAUAAAAGACCAUUUAAUGAAGCCUUUGAGGAAACCCCAAUGCUUGUUGCUGUGCUUACAUACGUGGGGUAUGGUGUCCUAACACUCUUUGGAUAUCUACGUGAUUUCUUGAGGCAUUGGAGAAUUGAAAAGUGUCAUCAUGCAACAGAAAGAGAGGAGCAAAAGGACUUUGUCUCAUUGUAUCAGGACUUUGAAAACUUCUACACAAGGAACCUCUACAUGCGAAUUCGAGACAACUGGAACCGACCGAUCUGUAGUGUGCCUGGAGCCAAGGUGGACAUCAUGGAAAGACAUUCCCACGACUAUAAUUGGUCAUUCAAGUACACUGGAAAUAUAAUUAAAGAUGUUAUCAACAUGGGUUCCUACAACUAUCUUGGAUUUGCGAAGAACACUGGGACGUGCAAAGAAGCAGCAGCCAAGGUCCUGGAGGAGUAUGGAGCUGGAGUGUGUAGCAGUAGGCAAGAGAUUGGAAAUCUGGAUAAGCAUGAAGAGCUAGAAAAGUUAGUGGCCAGGUUUUUGGGAGUGGAAGCAGCCAUGGCAUAUGGAAUGGGUUUUGCAACCAACUCAAUGAAUAUUCCUGCUAUUGUUGGCAAGGGCUGCCUCAUAUUGAGUGAUGAACUGAACCAUGCAUCUCUAGUUCUUGGAGCAAGGUUGUCUGGAGCAACUAUUAGAAUCUUCAAACACAAUAAUAUGCAAAGCCUUGAGAAGCUAUUAAAAGAUGCCAUUGUGUAUGGGCAACCUCGAACACGAAGGCCCUGGAAGAAAAUACUCAUCCUUGUAGAGGGAAUAUACAGCAUGGAAGGGUCAAUUGUUCGCCUCCCUGAAGUGAUUGCCCUUAAGAAGAAAUACAAAUCUUACCUGUAUCUAGAUGAAGCCCACAGCAUUGGGGCCCUGGGCCCGACAGGUCGGGGUGUAGUAGAAUACUUUGGUCUGAAUCCUGAGGACGUGGAUGUUAUGAUGGGGACAUUCACAAAGAGCUUUGGAGCUGCUGGAGGAUACAUUGGAGGCAGGAAGGAGCUGAUAGACUAUCUCCGAACACAUUCUCAUAGCGCCGUAUAUGCCACAUCAUUGUCACCACCUGUUGUGGAGCAAAUCAUCACCUCCAUGAAAUGUAUUAUGGGUGAAGAUGGCACAAACCUUGGCAAAGAAUGUGUACAACAGCUAGCUGAAAACACUAGGUAUUUCAGAAGGCGAUUGAAGGAGAUGGGCUUCAUCAUCUAUGGAAAUGAAGAUUCCCCUGUGGUGCCUUUGAUGCUCUACAUGCCAGCUAAAAUUGGUGCAUUUGGACGGGAGAUGUUGAAGCGGAACAUCGGUGUGGUUGUGGUGGGAUUUCCUGCUACACCAAUUACUGAAUCCCGAGCUAGGUUUUGCUUGUCAGCAGCGCAUACCAAAGAAAUACUUGAUACUGCAUUAAAGGAAAUAAAUGAAGUUGGGGACCUGUUGCAGCUGAAGUAUUCCCGUCACCGGUUGGUACCUCUGUUGGACCGGCCCUUUGAUGAGACUACAUAUGAAGAGACAGAAGAUUGAGCCCUCUUGGUGGCCUUUAAAGGACACCCUCCCUUACACAGGACAAUAUGUGGCCUUUCUGAGCCCAGUCUAGGAACCACACUUCUGUGGCUGCUUCACGUAAAAGACAUUUUCUCACAAUACUGAAGGUGACCACAUCCAAUCCAAAUGGCAUUUUGUAAAUAGUGAAAGUUGUUUCACAUUC